GUCCGAGGUGGGAGGCGCACACACGGGCUCCGGGAGCCGCUCCCGAGUCCCCGCGCCCUGCGCCGCGCGCCCUGCGGGCGGGCAGAGCCGGACCCCGCGCGGGCUGGUGCGGAGGGAGCCGAGGACCCCGGCGCAGGGCAGGGGCGAGUCCGGCGCGGAGAAGACGCCGCUGCUCCAGCCGCUGCCUCGGCCGCGCCGCCUCCGAGCCGGCGUCCAGCGCGGGGCGGGCAGGCCCGGCGCGGGCCAGGGGAGCUAGGGGCGCGCCCAUGGAGCACACGCACGCCCACCUCGCAGCCAACACCUCGCUGUCCUGGUCCCCCGGCGCGGCCUGCGGCUUGGGCUUCGUGCCCGUGGUCUACUACAGCCUCCUGCUGUGCCUCGGUUUACCAGCAAAUAUCCUGACAGUGAUCAUCCUCUCUCAGCUGGUAGCUAGAAGGCAGAAGUCCUCCUACAACUAUCUCCUGGCCCUCGCCGCUGCUGACAUUCUAGCCCUCUUCUUCAUCGUGUUCGUGGACUUCCUACUGGAAGAUUUCAUCUUGAAUAUGCAGAUUCCUCAGGUGCCCAACAAGAUCAUAGAAGUGCUGGAAUUCUCGUCCAUCCACACCUCCAUUUGGAUUACUGUUCCAUUAACCAUCGACCGGUACAUUGCAGUCUGCCACCCACUCAAGUACCACACGGUCUCCUACCCAGCCCGCACCAGGAAAGUCAUCGUGAGUGUCUAUGUCACCUGCUUCCUGACCAGCAUCCCUUACUACUGGUGGCCCAACAUCUGGACUGAGGAUUACAGCAGCACCUCCAUACAUCACGUGCUUAUCUGGAUUCACUGCUUCACGGUGUACUUGGUGCCCUGCUCCAUCUUCUUCAUUUUGAACUCAAUCAUCGUGUACAAGCUCCGGAGGAAGAGUAAUUUCCGCCUCCGUGGUUACUCCACAGGGAAAACCACUGCCAUCUUGUUCACCAUUACCUCCAUCUUUGCUACCCUCUGGGCCCCCCGCAUCAUCAUGAUCCUCUACCACCUCUAUGGGGCGCCCAUCCAGAACCGCUGGCUGGUGCACAUCUUGUCCGACAUUGCCAACAUGCUGGCCCUUCUGAACACAGCCAUCAAUUUCUUCCUCUACUGUUUCAUCAGCAAGCGGUUCCGCACCAUGGCGGCCGCCACCCUCAAGGCCUUCUUCAAGUGCCAGAAACAACCCGUACAGUUCUACACCAACCAUAACUUUUCCAUAACGAGUAGCCCCUGGAUCUCACCAGCCAACUCGCACUGUAUCAAGAUGCUGGUGUACCAGUACGACAAAAAUGGAAAGCCUAUAAAAGUCUCCCCGUGACCCUAUAGCUUUGGCACCUAGUGCCUGUGAGUGAUCCAUUUCCAGAUGGGAGGUGGCCCAUCCUGUGGCUGAACAGCUCUCCUUAAGAGUGCUCACCUGACUUCCUGUCUCCACAGACUGAGCAACUCUCAGACUGGUCGAUGAGAAAAGAUGCAAGAGAAGAAUAAAAAGCAUGAAUCGUGUCUUCACUUAUGCAUUUAUUUUCACCAAGUCACACCGGCCGCCAAAGCUCCUACUGGUUUGAAAAUGCCGUUGGAGGCUGCACCACCAUCCUAUGGCCAGGAAGGACACACAGUAGAGAAAUAGUCUAUGGUGUGGCCUUGGCACCUUUCGUCAUCCCUGGGAACUGCUCAUUUAUAUGACACACCAAGCCACAGUAGCACGUAGCUGAGCCCACACUCUUCUUCCAAGAGCUGAGGUCAUUCAUCGCUUCUCUGUGCUGUCCCCAGCAGCUGACACUGCUAACCAGUUUGGGAAUUUUCCAAGGUGCCCUUGGUCAU